AUGGAACCGAUGGAAGCGCGGGUCGCAAUGCUGCAGGACCUGAAGAUCCAAUCGUUCGACACGAUCCGCUUCGCCUCGUACCGGACGGCCUGCAAGCUGCGCUACGUGCAAAAAUCUACCAACCUGCAUCUGGUCGACAUUUGGAACGUGAUUGAGGCGUUCCGGGAGAAUGGACUGAACACCCUGGAGCCGCAGAAUGAGGUUAGCGUGAGCCGGCUGGAGACGCUCGUGUCCUCGCUCUACCACAACCUCAACAAGCGUCUCCCGCCGACGCAGCAGGUGCACGUCGACUCCAAGGCCAGCCUGCUGCUAAACUGGCUGCUGGCGGCCUACUCCGGCGACAAUUCGGGCAAGAUACGCGUCUUCUCCAUCAAGGUGGCCCUCGCGAUCAUGUGCGCCGGCAAGAUGGUGGACAAAUUGCGUUAUAUUUUCUCACAGAUCUCGGACGGCGCCGGGCAGCUCAUACACUGGAAGCUGGGUGACUUCCUGCGCGAGGUGCUCGCCCUGCCGGCGGCCGUCUUCGAGUCGCCCACUUUCUUCUACAAGGAGGGGCUCGAGUCGGAGAUCUUCCCCGUGGAGAACAAGAUCACGGUGAACGACUUUAUGGCCGGCUUCAUGACCGAACCGGGGCCGGCCUGCCUCGUGUGGAUGCCGCUGCUGCACCGGCUCGCCACCGUCGAAACCGUCGUCCACCCGACCGUCUGCUCCGUGUGCAUGCGGGAGAACUUCACCGGCUUCCGGUACCGGUGCCAGCGCUGCCACGGGUACCAGCUGUGCCAGGACUGCUUCUGGCAGGGGCGCGUCUCGCUCAACCACCAGAACGACCACGAGGUGAAGGAGUACUCGAGCUACAAGAGCCCGAGCAAGCAGAUCGGCCACUCGCUGCGCAAAAGCUUCCGGUGCGUGCCGGACAAACCGAACCAGGCGCUGCCCCGGUUUCCCGAGCAGCCGGAGAAGACGCUCAACCUGUCGCACAUCGUGCCGCCGUCGCCGCUGCCGUCGCACAACGGUUUCCCGGACGGCGGCAUACCGGGACUGUACGACCGAAGCAGCACGCUGGACUCGAGGGCCACCGGACUGUCGCUGGACAGCAACGGAACGUCCGGAACGCGCGGAGCGGUUAAUUCUAACGACGAGGAGCACAGACUGAUCGCCCGAUAUGCGGCACGGCUAGCGCAGGAGACGCGAACGCCGGGCGGCUCGGCACCGGAUCCGGUGCAGAUAGGGCUAGACAGUUCGCGAGCCCAGCGCGAACUGAUCAUGCAGCUCGAGUCGAAGAACAAGGAAAUUAUGCGCGAAAUCCAAAAACUGCGCCGCCAGCAGGAAGCGGAACAGGUGGCGCCGGAAAGUCCGGCGCUGAUGAACGAGCUGCGCGCCCUGCGGCAGCGCAAGGGCGAGCUGGAGGGGCACCUCGGAGCGCUGCAGGACUCCCGCCGGCAGCUGAUGGCGCAGCUCGAGGGCCUGAUGCGGAUGCUCAAGAACCACCAAACCCAGAGUCCCCGCUCGACGCCCAAUUCUAGUCCACGGUCGGGCAAAAGUCCACCGUUACCACAAGGGCCACCGAUGCCAAACCAGGGCCCCCGGCAGGGGCCGAUGAACCCGGGCGGGUCGGGAAUGCCACAGAAUCUGCCGCCCGGCAUGCUUCCACCCGGCGUGGUCAUGCACGGCGGACCGGAUCCUCACAUGGGCGGAAUGGACAUGCGAGGCUACGCUCCGAACGGAAACAACAAUGGUGGCCAUAAUGGUAGCGGUGGUGGUGGUGGUGGUGGUCUCAGAUCGAACACCGCCGCCGUCGCCUGUCCACCAUCGGCCGCCGGACGGUCCGAUCUGCACUACGCGGCCGAUUCCGUCUCGAGCGCGAUGUCCUCGCUGGUGCGAGAGCUCAACUCAGUUUUCUUUCCCCACUACGAUGGACAUCUUCCGCCCGGCGUCAUGCACAAACCGCCGUUGCGCUACUUUUCAGAGGGAUCCGACGACGAUAGUAUUCCGUCGCAGCACGGCAUGCGCCACUCGCUAGAUUUCGAUGAAAUGCACAUGACCACGCACGAGUGGAGUGAAAAGGACAACACACAGUGGCAGGAACAGUUUGCCGCCUGGAGUCUAAACUCUCAAAACCAGUGAACGAAAAGGAGC